GACAAUUAUAUUAUGUUUUUGAUACCGAACUCCCAACGCAGAUCUAAUUAUCAACUGAUAGUCACUGAGCUUGUUGAUAACAAAGUUAUAAAAACAGAGGAAUUUCCUUGUGUAAAAAUCAAUAACCAUUAAAUGUUUUUUGUAUAAUACAAUUUCUUAUCUAUGAUCAAUUGAUUAUUGAAGUCAUGGCUUCCUUAUAUGAAUUUAUAAUGUAUUAUUUCUUCUACUUACAAUAUUAAAGAGAUAUCAAAAGUAUUUGCAAUUUCCUUCUAUAAAACAUUAUUUACAAUAACUAUAUAUACACGUUAGUUAAUUUAUUGGUACUAACUAGUAUGUUAAGUUAAGAUUAGUUUUAUAAUGUAAAUCCAAAUCAUUAAUGUAUAUUUUUUUUAAGCAUUUGAUACAUAUUAUAUUAUUUUGAAUUAUAAACUAACUUAGGUGGUAAUCUAGUUUUAAAAAGGCUGUGUUAUUUAAUUUCAUACUUUUUAUAUUUUAAACAACAAUAGAAAUAAAAAAUUGGUAAGGCGGAAGUAAUUUUAUCCAUUUAUUAAAUAAUGUAUAGAUUAUUUUUGUUGUUAACAUAAUAAUUUGUUAUAGUUAUUAGAAUGUUUGAAAUGGAAGACUCUGAUGAAAUAUUUGAUGUUGUAAUCCGUUAUGGUUUAUACAUAGUCGCAGUUUUUCAAUUGGUGUGCAUAACAACUAUUUUCUUACUGACUGAUCAAUCAAAUGACUCAAAGGUACGUAAUAUAUUUAAAUAACGUUUUAAAAAUUGAAAAAUUAUGAAAUAUUAGGGAUGCUAAUAUUAGCAAGACCAAUGAUAAUGUAUGCAUGUGAUACAUGGCUUCGAUUUGAAAAGAUUCCUUAGAAGGAUUUACGGACUAAAAAAAAAAAUGAAGAUACUCAAGCAUAUGAAAUUCGAUCUAACAUUAAAGUACAGGAUUAUUCAGAAAACUGAUCAUAAUAGCUGAAAUACUUCACAAGAAACUGAGUUGACUCGGUCAUUUAUUAAGGACUAAAUUAACUGCAAAUAGUGUACUAAACUCAACUUCUCAGGAAAAGAGAUUGAUCCAAAAAUCAAAGUAGAGAUAGAUUAAUAAAAGCAAGAUAGAACUAAGACAAUAAGAGAUAUAGACAAUGCUAAUGAAGUAGCUUAAGACAGAGAUAGAAGGAAGUUUGUUUUGAAGCCAUGGGCUACAGCUAAAGCUGAUAAAAUAAAAAGACAGAAUAAUAAGUUAAAUUUUUGUUAAAUUUUGUAUUAAGUAUAUCUAGUUGAAUACAGCUUAGUUACCAAAUCUGAACUAAAUAUUAACUUAGGGUUUCAUGAUUAUUAUCGCAGUUAGUACUAUAUUAUUCCCUACCUUACUUAAAAUCAAGUUAGCUGCUAGAACCAAGCAAUAAAUUAUUUUAUUUUAUUUAAUAUAAAUUGUUUAGUUUUAAGUUUUAAUAUAAUGUGUGUUAUAAUUUUAAAUAUUUUAUGAGUUGUAUUGUCUACUUAACUACCUUUGAUAGUAAUAUAUAGGGUUUGGGACUUGUUGCACUCAAAAUGAUAGAAAAUUGUAUUUAUUAUCUAUAGCCAUGGAAUUAAGGUUACAUUAAGGUGAUUUUAAUGAAUAUAGUAAUUCCAAUAAAAGUAGAAAAAAAAAACAAAAUUGAAAAAACUUUGUAAAAUACAAUGGGUCGAUCAACAUGAUUCACUUACUACUUUCAAAGAAUUUUACAUUUAUAUAAUUGCUACUCUAGAACAUCUUGAAAAAUAUGAUACAAAUCCUGAAACCUCAACCAAAGCGUUGUUAUAUGUAAGUGCUAUAACCAAGAGUGAUUUUCUUGUCUUUCUUGAAGUAACUGUUACUUGCUUCUUAUAUACUAAAUAAUUAAGUUAAGUACUACAAAGCAAACAUCAAGAAUUGUCUAAAGCUUUAAACGAUGUAAUGAUUGUUUGAGAACCUUAAAAAGCCAUUCAAUCAGAAGAUGAAAAAUAUUUUAAGGAAAUAAUGAAAAAUGUUACCAUAAAGCUUCUGCAAUAGACAUUAAAAUAUGCAUGCCUCGAACUUGUGGGAGACAAACUGCCUGAAACAAUAUAAAUACCAAAGCCGCAGAGGAAUAUUAUAAAAUAGCAAUAUUUAUAACAGUUAUUGAUAAUCUAAUUACUCAGUUAUAUUCUAGAUUUGAUAAAAGACUAAAAAACAAUUAUACUACUAGAAGGACUCAUACCAUCUAAUUUGACCCAUUAUGACGACCAAUCAAUAUUAGCUGCUGCUUCUUUUAUAUUAAUGCAUUUUUAAUUAGUAUGAAAUCAAAGUUAUUCACAUGGAGAAAGCAAUGACAAUUGAAAAAAAAAUUAUUAGAGACUGCUGUAAAAGCAAUUCAACACUGAGCACAGAGCACAGAGCUUUUUCCAAAUUAUUUAAGUUGUUUGCAAUAAAUUAUUAUAAAUGAAGAGUUGUUAAAUAUUUUAUUCAUUUCAGCAGGAUGUAUUUAGUAUUUUAUGUGGUCAUAUAUUAAAUAUACAAAUUAAUUUUGUAUAAAGUUUUUUAAUUGCCCCCUCCGCCACCCAUUGAGGAAUUUUGGCUACGGCACUGGUUAACCUAGAAUAAAAUAUGACCACUACAAAAAAACAAAUGCAAGAAGUCCUGAACCCUAGUAAUAUAUUAUAUUUUAUACUAUUUUAAUUAAUUAAUAAUAAUAAAGUUAUUGUUUAUUAUUUCUUUUAUCAAAAAAUGUUUAUAUUAAGUACUAAACAUAAAUUUAGCUAACAUUAAUUUUAUUAUACACAACUUAGUUGCUUAAUCUUAAAUGUAUUAUCUAUAUGUAUUAAAUAGAAUAAUUCACAUUCUAGGAUAACUGUGAUGGAAGCGAAUAUGAUUCUGAUGGUAGUACAUUUGCAUCUCCUAGGCGACCAUAUUCCCAUCACCGGUCAAGAAAACAAGACAAAAAAAAAAGGCGAUAAUUCUUCAAUUUUCUUCUUGCAGUUUUUAAUGUUUCGAAUGUUAGAAAUCAUAAUAAAUAUUUUUUUCUCUUUUCAUUCGUUUACAUAAAAAUAUAAACUAAUUAUUAAAUAUUUUUAAUAUUGUUCCUUUAAAAUUAAGUUUUAUUUGUUUAUUAUAGCAUUAGGGCUUUUGUUUUAAAAAAAAUUGAAUUAUUAUUUUAAUUUUAUAAAUGUAUUUUAAAUUGUAUGAACUAUCUACAUUUAUUCUCUAAUUUCAAUAUUGAAAUAAUAUUAAAUUAACUACCUAUUAAUUGCCUUUAUAUUCUUUUUUAAGAAAUUAUCUUUUAAAUAAAAACUAAAAAUUAGAUUUUGAAAUUGGUUAUUGAUUCUUUACCAAAUCUUUUAAUUUAUAUAAUAACUAUAUUUUACUAUAAUUACAUUAAAUGGAAAUUGAAUAGUGUAAUAUUAAAUACAAUGUAUUAAUGAUUUGUAUUCUGUAAUGAAAGAUGCACUAACAUGGAAACCAGAAGUAAAAUUACCACUAAGUGGGCCUCAAAAAAGAUGGAUAAAUGGACCAGACUAUGAGUUGACCAAGAGUCAAUAAUCUAAUAUAAGUGCAAAAGUUAAGAAGAAUGGAAAAGGCUGUAUAAAGUAGUGAUGUGCUUUAAUUUCCUUUGAAUCUAAAGAUGUAGUUACAUAGUUGUAUUAAAUAUAUAACCACAUAUUUAAAAAGUGUAAAUUUUUUUUUUAUUUAUAGAAAUAUAUUGGAAAAUGCAAAAAAAAUAUAUUGGGGACCAUUAGUGUAGAAAUUUUGUUCAGAGACAAAUACUCAAUCUUCAGUUUUUAUUCAAUAUCUUAACUGGGAAUAUUGACUCACCCACACUCUUGUCUUAAAUUAAUUUUAAAGUUCUCAUAUUUCAGUUUCGUAUACUGUCCUUUUUUUACAUUCUACUAUCUAUCAUAAAUAAUGUCAAAUUAAUUCAUAAGGCAUAAUCUAUAAGGUCCAUUACCAAUGUUG